AUGGUGAGGAACAUUGAUGAUCUGGAAUUCUGCCUCCCAUCUCACUCAGAUUCUAUACUGUCUGGCCUGCAGUCUCUUCGUUUCAACCCUCGACUCUCAGAUGUCACUCUUAUGGUUCAGGGACGGGAAUUUCCUUGCCACCGGGCAGUGCUGGCGCUGUGCAGUCAAUAUUUCCAUGCCAUGUUCACUGGAGACUUCCAGGAAUGCAUCUCUGCUCAUGUGGAGAUUAAAGAAGUAGACGCAGACCUAAUGGAGACAUUGAUUAAUUUUUGUUAUACUGGCCAUCUCACCAUUAACCAGAACAAUGUAGAGGGGCUUAUCCGUAUUUCCAACCAGCUUCAUUUUCCUGCUGUGCGAAAGGUGUGCAUUCGUUAUUUGCAGCAACAGAUGGAUGCAACCAACUGCCUAGGCAUCUGGGAAUUUGGAGAAACACAUGGCUGUCCUGAGGUGACUGCAAAGGCUUGGUCUUUUCUACAGGAGAACUUUGAGGCAGUUUGCCAAGAAGAAGAAUUCCUACUUUUGCCUUCAGAGCAUUUGCUUCGGUACUUGGGCGAUCCUUUGCUACAAGUGAGAGAAGAUCAGAGUCGGGCGAAGGCAGUACUUCUGUGGGUGAGACAAGAUGAAAAGACCAGAGCUCCGUACUUGCCAGAGCUUCUUAGUAUAGCCAGACUGUCAAACCUGACAGACCUCUGUCUCCAAGAGCUGGAGGCUGAGCCAUUGAUCAGUGGAUCAGAGCCAUGCAGAGCGCUGAUCAGAGGAAAUCUUGGAAAGAUAUGAGUUCACCACAUACUGCUUCUGAGGCACUUCUGAAUCCAUUAAAGGUGACAAAGGGACAAACAGAGCUGGCCACAGCAUCUCUCCAGCAAGUGCUAGUGGUGGUUGGUGGAAAGGUGCUGGAGGAGGAGGAGGAUGAGGAUGAAGAUGAUGAAGAACCUCUCAGAACAUCAUCAAACUUUGCCUACUAUAAUCCUAAAACUAAAAUGUGGAUGGUCUCUCCCAGAUUUCCCAGAUUAUAAUAAAUAUGGGGAUUCUCCGUCACCUCUUGAACAAUGAUGUCUAUGUUACAGGAGGCUCUCGAGGUUCGUCGAGAUGAUUCAUGGUCACACGUCAUGGCUGGUGCUUUGUGUUAAAUGAAUGUGAUUAUGGGAAGCCAUUAUCUCCAAUGAUAAAUCCACGCACCAACCUCGCUAGUGGCCUCUUUUGAAUGGGGAUUGGUAUAUGUCAUUGGAGGAACUCUGCAGGAAGCAGUGGAAGUGUGAGUGUCAUGAUCCCUACAUGUGGCACAUGGUCUAGCAGUAAGCCCUGCCCAGAAGUAUGUCAGCAACUUUACUGCUGUUGGCUUGCAGUGGAAAGUUGUAUGUGGUUGGGCUCCUGUGCUGUAAAGUACAAUGCAUUUAACCCUUCAAUGUUACAAUCCAUCUACAGAUAGCUGGUGUAUUAUUGCAUCACCAUUUAUUCCAAAGUACCUCUCCUCUCCUCGCUGUUGUGCACUGGGGGGCGCUGUCUAUCUUAUUGCUGACAACACCAAGAAAGUUUACAUGUAUCUCACAGAAGUGAAUCUGUGGAAGAAGGUGCAGCUCCUACAUACCCUUCAUGAGAAUGGAGGCAUGACCUCUGUAGGGCCACAAAUCUUUGUGACAGGUGGCCACUGGCAUGGCAUGGCACGUGAAUACAGCGUGGUGAUGGAGUCAUAUGACAGCAGUAUUGAUACUUGGACUCGGGAAGGGGCCCUACCAAGCCGCUGGAUGUACCACUGCACAUCUGCCAUCUUCAUGGACACCUCUCGUUGGCCCAGCAUAUUCCAAGGACAAUCAGAAAUGGAAGUUUGA